AUGAGAGAGGAGGGACACGGCAGUACGAGGAGCUGCAGAACACAGGAGACACACAAAGGUGCCACAGAGAACAGGUAGGAAAUAGAUCUCUCCCUCCACCACAAUGGAAGCCUUAUUCUCUGACCACACAUCUCUCUUCACUAUCCCUUAUCCCUCAAUCUGAUCCUUUUUCUGGUAAAUGUGCCUUGAAAUGCUAUGAACUUUUUCAGAGUCUUUCAGUCUUCAACAACUUCAACAAAUCUGAAUAGAUGUGCAAUUAUUGUAAUUCUGCAUGGCAUUAAUUCAUUAUCUUUUUCCCCUCUCAGCUAUACUGUUGAGUUAUAAUAGUAUGAUGAUAGAAGUAGACUAUCUGUGCAGUUUUGUUGCAUGCAUGUGGUAUCUGGGCCCGUAUUCCCAAUGAUUCAGAAUAGGAGUGCUGACAUAGGAUCAGUUUUGAUUAAAUUAUUAGAAUUAUAUGGACAGUGGGGUCCUGAUCCUAGAUCAGCAUACUCUGAGAUGCUGAUUGAACUCUGUUUCCUUCCAGAAAAUUAGUAAUCAUGAUUCGAGGUCUGCUGUCGGUGCUGUUGGUCCUGGUGGCUGUAGCUGUGUCUUCAUCUCUGGCUAAGCCUGAGAAGAACAUUGCCAAGAGGGGGAAGAGGAUCCCCCAGACUCUCUCCAGAGGUAACACUCUCUAAUGAAUAGAGCUGACAUGCGAUUCCUUAUUCUACAUGUUAGUGGAGGCAUGUCUGUUCUACACAUUAUCUUUCUACCUGAAUGUUCUGUAAUGUUGCACCUUCCUGAGCAGACUCCAGGUGUCCUGACACUGUUCUUCCUGACUGUCUCCUAUAGGCUGGGGUGAUCAACUGGUCUGGGCUCAGACCUAUGAGGAGGCUCUGUACUGGGCCAGGGCACAGUGAGUGAACAAACAUUUAUGGCCACAUACGAAAUGGCACCCUACUUUUUAUGAAGUUGAAAAUAGGGAAUAGGGUGCUAUUUCACAUACAUGAUGUAAUAGAUCUGGAUGGCUGAUGUGUUUUAAUACAUUUAAAGGAUUUUCUUGGAAUCUCUUUAAUAUUCUAUUCUAUUUUAUUCUGUUUUGACCAGAACUCAUUUGUCUCCACAGGAACAAGCCUCUGAUGGUCAUCUUCCACCUGGAGGACUGUCCCCACAGUGCAUGUAAGACCCUGACCUCUAACCUCUGACCUCUAACCCCUGACCUAAAGCAAAUAAGCUGCCACUCUGUUGCAGCUUCCUGAACAGACCACAGGUCAAUGUCCCUCCCUUGGCUAGUUAUGAGUAUUACUUUGCAUCCUGGCAUUCUCCCAAAUCGUGAUGCAUCAUUCAGUUGUAUUAGAUGCCAGGACUUGUUUAAACAGCCAUUAUCAAACUCAUUUUAGAACCGACAUGGCUCUGUUUUCCAAGGUGGUAUACACCUUUUACAUCCUGCUGCCAUGUAUGGGAGAGGACAAUAAAACAAUUAUGGAGAUCUCUUAAGUUAAGUCAAUGUAACAUUUUUUAUAAUGUCUUUCAUGAUGUCUUCCAUGUAUCUAGCCAUGAAGAAGGUCUUCGCCGAAGACAAGGACAUCCAGAAGGUGGCUGAUGAAGACUUCAUCAUCCUCAAUCUGGUGGUGAGUUUUAAAUGAAGUCUUUGGAAUACAUUAUCAGAAUCAAUACCUAGAUUAUUUCUCUUUUGAUCUAUUAGAUUUUAUGAUUCUAUGUUUAGAUUUUUAUUUGUAUUUUAGCGCACUGUUAUUUUUGUUUUUUUGAUCUGACUUUUAAUAUUAAGAAGCAAAUCAUUGAUAUGUGUUUCUUUCCCUGUGUUAUCAGUAUGAAACCACAGACAAGCAUCUUUCCCCUGAUGGCCAGUAUGUCCCUAGAAUCAUCUUUGUCGGUGAGUGAAAAUGUCACGUUUUCCCAGCAGCAUUACAUGAAGGAAUGUCCCAUUUUCCCAGCAGCAUUACAUGAAGGAAUGUCCCGUUUUCAAACAAAAGCAACAGAUUUUAAUCAAUAGUUAUCGCUACCCCCCCCCCCCGCUCUCUCUCUCUCUAUCCCUCUCUUCAUCUCUCUCUCCUCAGAUCCCUCUAUGACAGUGAGAGCUGACAUCACAGGGCGCUACUCCAACCGUAUGUACGCCUAUGAGCCUUCUGACAUCAAACUCUGUGAGUACAACUUGAUCUUAUCUCCCUUUUGACUGUUUGAUUGCAUUUGCAUACUGUUAAUAUAUCUGUAUUUAAUAGAUUGUAAAUAUUUAAGCAUUGUAUACAUGUAUAAGCUUUUAUUAAUGUAAGGUAUUACAAAGUGUAUUCAGAUAUUGUUUUAUAAUUAAUUCAGAGAUAUUGUAUUUGGCCUUUAGUGCCAUCUUAAGGAAAUUUGACCUUUGUGAGAAACAACCUGCUCCUGAGUGACUCUUGAGUGACUUACUCUUGACUUACUCUUAAUUUUCCCUUCUCCCUAUAGUAUUGAGCAACAUGCAGAAAGCCAAGAAGCUGCUGAAGACUGAGUUGUAAGCACUGACUCAUCAUGUGACCCCGUGACCUUUGGCCUGCGACCUCAGAGGUUUUCUGAACAUUCUCUAAAUAUUCUUGGAACAUUCUCUGAACAUUCUCUGGAGCCUAGGAGUCAGCCAGUGGCAUACUGUCACCAUGUAAACCUAAGCACUGGAAAGAACUAGUCUUCAAUUUCACAAAACGCAAUUCCAUUUUUAAAAUUCUGUUAUUUUUCCUGAACCUCUCUGUCUUUGUAAUGUAUUGCUGUACAUCUGAGAUGUCUUUUUAUUAAAUAUAGUGCAAUUAUUAAAUUAUGUGUGUGUCAUUGGAAAAUGUAACCAGAUCAUCUGAAUGUAUUCAGUCCUUUCACCCUUCAUGACAAUGACUCAAGUUAAAAGGGCUAUUGAAAAAAUACAGUGUGCAUGAAUGCGUGUGUUUGUGUGUGUGUAGCUAGGGAGUGAGUGUUGACAUCCUGGUCACGUCCUGAAUGGGCGGGGUCACAUCCUGAAUGGGCGGGGCCAGAGAGGAUCUCAAAGGACUUUUCCUGAACCAGUCACAGCCUGAUUGCCUGGCUACCGAACAUCAAGACACCUUUGCUGUGUAAUGGGCUUCUUUCUUAAGCAGGGCACUGGUUGGUCGGGAAUGACACA